GGAUCAUAUGACGGCAGCUCAACCGGAGCGGCUCACUCACGCAGCAGCUCAGUUGUCACAGCUACACGCAGAGAAAGAAAGAGGACUUUAGUAACUUCCAGUUUUGUGGAGCCAUCGACCCGUUUUUCUCCGAGCCUGAUGUCAGUGGCACCGCGGGGCGCCGAGCGUCGCGUUUUUUUCUCCGGAGUUGCCUAAUUGAGUUCCUCCACUCACCGAGAGGUCCGCGUUUCGCCGAUCAGCAAGGCAGCUGUGAAUCUAGCGUCUCUCCGCAGCGGGAACGGACCGAGAGGCUGAGCGGAGAAGAGCCUGGCCAGUGCAGCCAUGCUGAUGUAUGAUUACCCUCCAAAGACCGACAUGGAGACGUCAUUCCCAGAGCCAUACGGGGUGAUCUUUCACCAUCCCAGUGCCUUCUACCGGGUGCCCAUGCCGCACUUCACCCCGUGCAACCCCACGCAGACCCAGCAGGAGCCGGUGGAUCUGUCGGUCAGCAAGCGCUCCUCCUCCACCUCGUCCACGCCGCCAGCGUCCUCCCCGGCCUCGCCUCCCAGCUCUCCGUCCUCCACCUACAGCUCGGCGAGCCGCGCCUCUCCCUGCUCCCCGCACUCUCAGCUCCACUCGUCGCCCACCCACUCCCUCCCGCCGCCCACUCACAUGAUGCCUUACCCGCCCAUGGUCAUCCAGAGUCCCGGGGUGAUGAUGCCACAGCUCGUGCUGCCCCUGCCCCUCAUGUACCCGUCACCAAUUCCCCUGCAUCCGCAGAUGAUCGUGAGCCCACCGGUCCCAAGCGAUGAAGGCCAUCCUCCCAGCAGAGAGCAUAAGCAUGUCCACUCUACGAAGCACGGGGAGGUCCAUGACCUGCACAAGUCAAUCAAAACCGAGCCUCAACCUGAUCUCUCCCAGGAUGCACUGAGCAGUCAUGAGAUGAAAUCCUCCGUCAUCAGGAUACCUCACGAGUACGAGUGCAACAACCCAUCAGUGAUAGUUCGCACGAGCUCCAAGCAUCCUCUACCAGCUGAGUCACCUGACACGCAGAAAAAGCGCCGAAUUCACUGCUGCGACUUCUCAGGCUGCAACAAAGUGUACACCAAGAGCUCUCACCUCAAAGCGCAUCGCAGAACACACACCGGAGAGAAACCUUACAAGUGCGUGUGGGAAGGCUGCACAUGGAAGUUCGCCCGUUCAGACGAGCUAACGAGACACUUCCGCAAACACACGGGGGUCAAACCGUUCCAGUGUCCAGACUGCGAACGCAGCUUCUCCCGCUCAGACCACCUGGCUCUACACAAGAAGCGCCACCUGUUGGUGUGAAAUCCUCCACGCCGGCCUGGCGACACGUAUUUCAGGCCGAGGUUCAUUGUUGGGACUUCACCACUUUGACUUGACGGUGUUAAAAUGGCCGACUGAGAGGGAUUGGGGGAAAUAUUCCUCAGGGUGCAUGUUUUGAACUCUUUCACCUCAUUCGUAAGAGCUGGUAACGCCUUCCUGCUCUCAUUUAGACAUUUAUGGUUGCUGUGUCAGACCUCUGAUCAGCUGUGGAAGGUCCUGAGCGGCUGCAGCAUCUCAGCUGGCUUGAGAGCAGCGCCCUCCUGUCUGCAGAAACAACCUGCCUCAUCAACAAAGUCUUGGCAUGCUCAGACUCUUUAGUGCAACAUCAGAUCUUCGUAUUUACUUUGUGGGCUUGGACACAAACUUUCAUACAUGUUAUUUGCUAGCUAGGAUAAUAAAAUGUGAAAACCUUCCAGAAUGUAUCACAUCACACCCACUGUGCAUUGUGUCAUACACCUUAAGCUUCUUAUUCUGCCUUUUUUUUGUUUGUUUUGUUUUCUUGCUUCUUCUUGAGCGCAGCUAGCUGUGACUAACUCUAAUGCUAAUUCCUCUCUCAUUGGCCACCACGUUACACCACACACCACAUCUGCCUCUAUAAGCUUACAUGAUGAAGUGAAGACAGGUAGCUAAAUGCUUGCUGUCCCUUGGAGACACACACACGCACGCACACACACACACACACACACACACACACACACACAGAGCGAGAAAACAUGCACUUACUAAAAGCAGCUCAGUCUUGGUUUGGUCUGCUUUUGCAUGUUAAAAAGUGGGACUGCAGGUCUCAUUCAUUUUUAGGAGCGAAGUGUUUAUCAAUGUUUUCAUUCAGAAAUGUGAACAUAGCUGCACAGGGGCAUUAUUGUGUGAGUGAGAAAAAAAAUCACCCAUAAAAUGGUUAAAGGGUAGAAGAACUAUUAUGCUUUGUGUUUUAAGACAUGUUUUUAUGUAUGUUUGAACUCUUCUGGUUUUUGAUGUGACACCGUGGUAGCCUUUUUUAAUAGUAUGACACUUUUUAUAGUGCCUUUCAAAGUACUACUUACUCUUGAGCGUUCACACACUUUGUUGUGUGAUAGCCACCGGCGUCCCUGUAUUGUGAUGGGAUUUUAUGUCAUAGAGCAAAGUAAAAUGUUGAACCUCCGCCUUAACUUUUAGUCUUUUGCAGCAUGUAACAAGGUUUUAUAUCAGUCCGUGCUGAUGAAAAGCACCCCACAGCAUCAUCCUACCACCACCAUGCUUCACCAUGGCGACAAUGUGUUAGGAGUAAUGUGUAGUCGGUUUGCCGCCACACAUUAUGUUUUGCAGUCCUUCCACUUUACAAAAAUGCACUACUUUCCUGUUGCUCUGUUACAUAAAAUACAUUGAAAUUCAUGGCUGUAAUUUGACAAAAUGUGAAAAUGUUCAAGGGUUAUGGGAACUUUUGCAAGGCACUUUGACAAAAAAAAAAUGCAAAGUGCAAAGCAUGGAAAUUUGCUCUUAAAUAUUGGCAUUUCAGAAAGUUCUGCAAUUGCAAAGUAAAUUUAGUACAUUUCCUCUAUAUUUAUAAUCAUAGGAUACACAGUAACAGGUUUUACUGCAACGAAAUGCCAGCAAGAUUUUAGAGCACAUUUUUUUACACCUCCUGGAGAACAAAAUAGUUUAAAUAGCGUCUUUGUACAUCUCCAAUGUGCACUUUAUAUAUAAAAAUAUAUUUGUAUAUAAAAAUUGUAUCUUGUAUAUCAUUCCCAAAGCCAAGCAAUUUAAAAUCACACAUUUUUUUUCUGCUUAUAGAGUUGCUGAUUGGUUUAAUCUGAAACCUUUUACAGGUGUCAUGGUUUGUCAUUUUUUAAGUGGUGCAAAGCCUCAUUUAUUCACAUGUACACAAAUACUAUACCGAAUGUAGCAGCUCAACUGAUCUGCAUUUGCUCCCUGAUACUCAGUGCAGUUCUUUGCUUUGUAUACGUUUUUUUUUUUUUUUUAUCUAUGCACAUGCAAGUUGUGAUAUAAUUGAUUUUUAAACUGAAAGGGCAAUUAAUGGUUUUUAUUACGCAUGAUUUUUGAUACUCUACUAUACAUUUCUGUCAUGUUGUGUCUUUAAUAAACCAUAUCUCUUUUU